AUGCGGAAGAAAACAGUUAACCACCGGGGCACUGUUUCCUUCUUCCCAGAACCUGUCUUCUACUUUGGCGACGUCGAGUACCCCGUGGACGAGAGCGCCGGCUACGCAGAGGUGCGGGUGUGGAGAACAGGCACGGACCUAUCCAGGUCUUCCAGUGUCACAGUCAGAUCCCGGAAAACGGAUCCUCCCUCUGCUGACGCUGGAACAGACUAUGUGGGAAUCAGUCGGAAUUUAGAUUUUGCACCUGGAGUCAACAUGCAGACUGUUCGUGUUAUCAUCCUGGAUGACCUUGGGCAACCGGUGCUGGAGGGAAUUGAGAAAUUUGAACUAGUGCUUCGUAUGCCUAUGAAUGCUGCCCUCGGCGAGCCCAGCAAAGCCACAGUGUCCAUAAAUGAUUCUGUCUCGGAUUUGCAGUCCUAUGUGACCCUUCGAGUGCCUCUGUAUGUUUCCUACGUGUUCCAUUCCCCGGUUGGGGUAGGAGGCUGGCAACAUUUUGACUUGAAGUCGGAGCUCCGCCUGACUUUUGUGUAUGACACUGCCAUCUUGUGGAAUGAUGGAAUCAGCAGCCCACCAGAAGCCGAACUCCAAGGUUCUCUCUACCCAACAAGCAUGCGCAUCGGUGAAGAGGGGCGCUUGGUGGUGAACUUCAAGACAGAGGCUCAGUUCCACGGUUUGUUCGUGCUGUCCCAUCCCGCAUCCUUCACGAGCUCAAUGAUCGUGUCAGCUGAUCACCCAGGCCUGACCUUCUCCCUGCGCCUCAUAAGGAGUGAGCCGACCUAUAACCAGCCGGUGCAGCAAUGGAGCUUUGUGUCUGACUUUGCAGUACGUGACUAUUCGGGGACUUACACAGUGAAACUCCUGCCUUGCACCACUCCAUCGCAUCAAGAGUACCGCCUGCCAGUCACCUGCAACCCCCGGGAGCCUGUCACCUUUGACCUCGACAUACGGUUCCAACAGGUCAGCGAUCCGGUGGCAGCUGAGUUCAGCUUGAACACCCAAAUGUACCUCCUCUCCAAGAAGAGUCUCUGGUUGUCUGACGGAUCGAUGGGAUUUGGGCAAGAAAGUGAUGUUGCCUUUGCAGAAGGUGACAUCAUUUAUGGGCGUGUCAUGGUAGAUCCUGUCCAGAAUCUGGGUGACUCCUUUUACUGCAGCAUUGAGAAGGUUUUCCUGUGCACUGGAGCUGACGGCUAUGUUCCCAAAUACAGUCCCACAAAUGCAGAAUACGGCUGCUUAGCUGACUCUCCUUCACUCUUAUACAGAUUUAAAAUUGUGGACAAAGCUCAGCCAGAGACACAAGCCACCAGUUUUGGAAAUGUCCUAUUUAAUGCCAAGCUAGCAGCAGAUGACCCUGAAGCUAUUCUCUUAGUGAAUCAGCCUGGAUCCGAUGGCUUUAAAGUCGACUCAACACCACUCUUUCAGGUCGCCCUGGGCCGGGAAUGGUACAUACACACGAUCUACACGGUAAGAUCAAAAGACAACGCCAAUCGAGGCAUUGGUAAAAGAAGCACCGAGUACCAGCACCACUCCUUAGUGAGUCCGGGGAAGCCCCCGGCGAUGAGCCAGGGCCGGAAGAAGAGGGAGAUCAGGAGCCCACCCCCGCUGGCGUGGGAAAUAGGUGCUAACAACAACCGGGGAACAAACAUCCAGCACAUUGCCCUGCGGCGCCCCAACAGGCAGCAGAGCCCCCAGGGGCGAGUUCCUCCCGAAGGCGUCCUCCCCCGCGAGCUCAACCGGCCCAGCUCCGACGACGUCAGCCCGGUCACCGUGGUCGGAGGCACCGCGGUGGGCUUACUCGCCGUCUGCCUCGCUGCCAUCGCAGUGAUGAUGUGCAGGAACAAGAAGGGCGCCAGGAGGAAGGGCGCGCUGAAGGGCUCAGGCAGCAGCAAGCCCGUGACGCCCCCGCAGAGCCACCACGGCGACAGCUCAGAGGUUUGAGGGGCGCAGGUGGGAUUCAGCCUUUGCCUCAAGUGCCUCGGAAAGACGGUAGGAACCCAAAUGCUUCUGUCAAUGGCCGAGAAUUGGGGACUUCUGUUCCGGAGCUGCUCAGAGGGCCUGACUGUACUCAUGAACUUGGAUUUGAAUUCUGUCUACUCUUUUCAUGCAUCAGAGAACACAUGCAGACCACAGACCAGGCCUUUCCUCUGGCCCAGGAGGCAGCAACAAUGUAUUCACGUGUACACACAGCCAUCAGUGGGCUUCUCAUUUUAGGCAUUUUUCUCUACACAAUGGAGACAAAUCUAUUCAAAGGUGCUGCAGACUCUCUCAGAAGUUUAAGAGGAGUCUAUUAUUGCUAUAUGAGUAUGAAUCUUGAAGGUGCAAUUAUCACAUGGUUUACUCAUUGUGUAACAGUUUAUUACUAGAAAGGUUUUAAUGGGCAGUCUGCAAGAAUGAUAAACACACUGUUUAUUAUGACAGGUUUUCGAAUAGGUGAAGACAGCAUGGAAUUAUGACCAGGGGUGGCUCAACCCAUCAUUCACCUUUUCUACUACUACGUGGGAGGGAGUGGAAGGAAAGAUAGAGGGAAGGAACUCACUAGCUUGGAUUUGAAUUGUUUCUCAUCCUCGUCAGAGCCUCCUUAUUUUAUUUGCUUAUUUAACUUUAAAUUAAACCAAAGAAUAUGUUAAGUCUGGAAGAAAUUGUCAAAGAAAGACUUUCCUGUUACAUAGUGAGAAAUAGUCGAGUUCUUGCAUGAUAGUGUACCUUAUUGGUGCUCAACAUUUGUGGGAAAUGAGAGCGUUGGUGGCGUUUUGAUGAUGAAGAAAUGCUAUAAGAGAUAGAUUCACAUUUAUAAGACAAUGUUCUCUAAGAACUGAGCCUAGAUAUUUGCAGUAUUGAACCCAUCAAUGAUAAUGAGAAAUAUCAUUACAGGUGGUGGAGGGAGAAAGUGGUAUUUAUUAAUAUCAUGUGUUUAACCAAAGUGCCUCUUCUACGUACUUUAUGGAAUUAAAGAACAUUCUGACAGAUGAUACAUGACGUUAACCCUCAGAGUAGCAUAACCACACAACCAAUGUCCAGAACUUAAAUUGGCCAUAGGGCAUUUUAUUAGCCUUCUAAUCAGCCUCUGGUUCUAAAAAUGGGAACCUCUGCAACUGUCAUUCCAGAGAUGGCCUUGGAGGUUGCCAUCUUCUUUGAUCCAGGAGGAAAGCAGCAUUCUUUGACAUCUCCAGUUCAGUGAGCUGAUGCAGUGAGGUCCCUCUCAGUAUCUGAAAAAAUAAUGUGUAACGCUACUUACAGUGUUAAAAAUCAAGAAACUUAGUGAGCUUGCUUGGCAAGGCUCCCGUCGCCUUUCUGAAAAAAAUAUACUCUCACCAAAUGGCAGAAAUUUUGGUUGGAAAGCGAAGGAAAAUGUCAGUAGUCUAAUGACCAAUCUUCCAAAAGCUAGUGAAUGUAUUCCAAGCAAAAAUUAGGGUCAGGAGAAAAAGAACUGUACGUUCUUUUUACUUGCGUUCCUAGCCUGGCCACACUGGACAUCCUAGUGGAAUGGAUCUUAUCUGGUGUCCGUGGGCACCAGCCAUCUCUUUACUGAAAAAAAGGAAUCUACACUGGUGCUGAGAGAGAGGUGAAAAGUGUCUAAUGCUCGCCUCUCUUCUUUUGGGCAGCUCUGCACUUCACAUUCAAAGUCUUUCAAAGAAUAUGGUAGACUGGAGUCUCCUUUUUGGGGAAUUUACAGAUAUCACCUAUAACUCAAAGGUCCCCCAAAGGACUUAUAUAAAGUACUGUAUAGCCCAGGAGUUCAUUUGUCAAAUAUUGAUGCUUUCAUAAUUAUCCCCUUUUCUUUUGCUUUGCCUUCUGGCAGAUGCUUUGCUACUUUUUCAGCUACCUCAUAACUUGUCUAGGAAUGAGCAUGAGUUAAGUUGCUUCAAAUAGUGUGUGGACUUUUCAUGACUUAGCACUGGGUUCAAUUCACUUAGGCUGUUAGAGCAAGUACUCGCGAUUGACUUCAUGUUCCUUUAGUAGUUUGGAUGCUUCAGAGCCUGACUCUCGUGCAAUCUUGAUCAUCUCUGUCACUGAAUAUAGUAAUCAGUGAAGCAUCAUUACAACAAGUCUGUUUGGAGCCUUUGGGCCACACUGAUUUUAUAUCAAAUUUAACUCUACAAUUAGUUUUUCUAAUGAGACUGGCAUAUAUGAAUUGGAGGGCUUAUAAAAUACAGAACAUGUCUAUCCUUUCCUAACAAAGAAAAGUUUCUUCCUCUCUGCCCAUUCCUUCUCUCUUUCUCUCCCUUUCCUUCCUCCCCUUGAAAACAGAGUCUGUAGGAAAUAGGCAGAUAUAGGUUUCUUAAGUAUAAAGUGCUUGAAUUUCGGCCUCAUUCUCUUUAUCUAUUUAUUUAAUGUGUAAUUUUACAUACAUUAAUCAUAAAAAAACUCUCUAGUGGAAAAAAGAAUCAGGGAAAAAUGCUUUAUUGUUCAAUAAAACAGAUGCUUUUCCCUAAUAUUUUGUUUUUAGACAUUUAUGCUGGUAUUAUCAGAACAAUUACAUAAAAUAACUUCCCAUAGACAAUGGGAUGUAAGCUAUAAUAACUCCUUAGAUACCCAGUAGCUUCUGACGCUAAUUAAAACUAUAUAAUUGAAAUCGUAUUGCAGAGUAAACUCAAAGCACAAAAAUAUAUGUGGAGCCUUAGCAGCCCGCCAGCAUAUGAACUAUGAAAUAUUACAAUACGUAAUUACAUUUUAAUGAUGGUUUUAUUUCUUCCAAUUCAUUCCCUCUGUUAACAUUUACUAAAUGCUCACCUAGGACUAGCCACUUUGAGAGAUUACAUAGAAACCAAGAUGUCCUGCCUGGUCUUGGGCAGGUUAUAAUCAAAUGUGGCUCUUCCUUUAGACAAGAGUGAUUAACGUUUGCACUGGGUUCUGCCCUGGACCAAGAACAAGCCAGGCAUGUCUGUGAACCACAACUUAAAACUCUCUCCAGAGCACCGAUAGUGGAGUCUACUCUUUUUCAUCUAAAAGAACCCCACGUUAUGGAUCAUUGUGAUCACAGAUCUAAGGCAAAUUAUUUCAAAUCAGUAAUUUAAAUGGAAUUGCCUUCACAAAUCUACACAGAGAGGGUAUAUUACAGGGAUGUGGGUAGCCUGGCAUAUUCUUUUCCUCUUAAUGGAAGACAGGCCCACUUUAUUCCAAGAAUGGGAUAUAGCACAUAAAUUCUUGUUCCCUUCCAUUCACAUCCCCAACAGCUCCUGAAGUGCACCCUCCCACAAGCAUCCACAGUGUUUGAACAGUAUGAGUGAAGGUCAACUAGAAUUCCUCUGCCAUGCUACCGCAUAGCAUUUGUGAUAUGAAGGACCAACUCUAGGCUCAGGAUGAAGGGAUUUAGUUCUAUAAAUAGCAGCAAACAACUUCUUUAUCAAGUCAUCAUACCUCUAAGUCUUUUCCAGGGUACCAACUCCACGGUCAACUUUGAAAAUGGAAAUGGACCUGCGUGAAAAUCACGGAGGCUCUCCUUGUAUAAAUCGGUGCUAACGGUUAAAAUAGUCCUAGAUUGAGAAACGAUAAAGUAGCAAUAACAGCAAAAUGUAAUGACAUUUAGAUUUUUAAAGUUGGAAAUUUGAUUUCUGCUACUAUUUUGAAAAUAUCUACUUAGUUUUGACUUAGAAACCAAUUUAGCCCUUUAAAAGAAAAAGAAAAAAGAAUUUUUAAAGAUGCAAGUGUUUUACAAAUUUGAAAUUUACAUAAUUGUAUUCAUUUGAAAACAAGGGAGCUAUGAUUCUUUGAAACUCUUUCGUUUCUUCUAGACAGAAGAGCAAUAACAAAAGGAAGAAGACAGGUGUCUUUACUAACCAUAGGGCAAAUGAUCAAUAGGGCUUAAGUGUGGAGAUUUUCAAGAAGGUCAACAGAAUGGUCAUUUGUGUAAACAUACUGUCGUGGGAUUUUCUUUGACAUUAUAAUGUUCAAAGGUUACUAUGUUUCCUUAAGAUUUUUCUUAGAACUGAUUCCAGUGUUGCCUGGUAAUGACAUAAAAAUUUUCAGAAAAUACUAUCAAUAGGUUCAAAGUUUCCCUCACUGUCUAUUUCUCCUUGUUGCCAUAUCCUUUGACGUUAAAAAUGAAAGACUGAGAUUUUGGUAGUUAUUUUGCUUUUAAUAAGAGAUUCUAAAAUAGAAGUGCAUGGUAUUUUCCUACAGUUUUCCCUGGAAAGAUUAUACAGAAACUUUAUAGAUAAAAGAAAGCUCAAGAGAGAACUGAAGUUGAUAAAACAAACUAUACUAAGGUGAGCCUCUCUCGAAUUUAAUUUUAUCAGGAAAACAAAUCAGAGUAUUGAAUUGGCAGACUUUUAAAUAGUUUUGCUGUCUUCCUUAUCUUUCAAGUACAUUUGUUACCUUUUCCUGAUAUCUGUUUGUAUGUUGUUUUUUUUUUUUUUAGUAUUGUGUUUUGCUUAAGAGCAAAAAAAAAAACCAAAACCAAAACCCUGCUGUAGCAAUGACGUCUUCUUCUACUUUCCUUCCUUCCUUCCUCCCUCCCUCCCUUUCUUCCUUCCUUGGUUCCUCUCUGGCACAGACUAGGGUUUUUUCUUCCUCUGAGAUUUCUUUAUCAUUCUUCCAGCAAUGCUUCCCUUUUAGUUUGGAAACCAUUGCCAUUUACACUACGUAAUUAGCAUUCUCAUUCAUCUGAAAGCUAGUAAGUGAGCCCAGUACUUGGGCAGUGUCCCUUCUUUAUCAAAUGUUAAGGCUUUUAGAUGAUGGAGAGAAGAACUCCCUUCAAAAGAUCAAAAACAUCAUAUUGAAUAAUGUGAUGACAAUCUGUGCUUUGAUUUUCUCUCAAUGAAGGUUCAACACUGACAUUUAAGACACACACACAAAAUCCCUUUAAAGGUUUAACUGAGCAAAAAUAAAAGGCCAGAGAUCACAUAUAUGAAGUUGUUUUGCAUGAUUGAAUACUUUGCAAGGAAAUAAAUGGCAAAAUAAAAAAAAACUGUUAAAAUGUUAACAGCAUUGAAGUGUUUUAAAUUGUAAUUAUUAAAUGCACAAUGUUCCUUUCACUAUGAGCCAGAUGUUGCCUACGCUGAUUGCAUGAUUCCUUGAAUACUCUAAGUGAAUCUCUACUACAGAUAUUUAUUUUUCCAAAGUUUGGAUCGUCGCUUCGCAUAAGAAUUGUCAGUAUUGUGCCUUAGAAAAGAAGAAAGAAAAGAGAGAACUGUGAAUUUUUAAGAACUAACAUUAAUAAUAAAGAGCAUUGUAAUACAAAUCGCUUAAAAUAUAGACAAGCAAUUACUGGUAAAAAUAAAAGAUAAUCUCUGUAAGGGCCCAAAUUAAGCCCAUUACAAAAAGAAGUACAAAGCCUAGUCUCUUUCUGUGGUUUCAGGGAUUCAAGUUUUUGGCAAGGUAUUUUUUAAGCCCAUUUGUCUCUAAAAGAAAACUUCAGCCUGGACAAGGAGUUGUGUGUUUGAUAAUUGUAUUAAGUUCCUGCUUCCUUCCCCAAAGCCUUCCAAAACAGUGAAUUUAUAUUUAUCUAGCCACUGAGUGACAUAUCUGUGUGUAAUGGAAUUAUUUGCAGAGCUUAAUGGCCUUUGUGAUUUUCCCAUGGGAAUUCUUCAAAAACGAACAGGGUCUAGUUUUUGUUGUUGUUGUUUAUUUACUGGGGUACUUCAUGUUUGUUGGCUGUUGAAGCUUAUCCCUGGGAAACCAAUUAUGCCAAUAAUUUGGAGCCAUUCAGUCUUCCGUCCGUGUCUAAAAUAAUUCUUGCUGCCACAUGUGUUGCGUAAGUACCACUGUUUUCCUUCGAAAUAUAUCACAUGUUUAAUAUAAAUAAAGCCCAUGUAAAUGUAAAUAUGUUAA